AUGCCGGAAGUUGUUCGGGGCAGUCGUGCCAGUUUUCAGAUAGACCCCAGUCGACAGGCGUCACAUGAUGGAGCGAUUCCCACCUCUCCUCUGCGAGAAGCACGCGGUGUUCACUUUGGAACCGAUAACCCUGAACUCGAGCGAGAAGAGACUCCGACACCGGGUCUGAGAGCCGUUGAUACCGGGCUCAGUACUAUGUCUGCCACGGAGCGAAGAAAGAGCCGAGAACAAGCAAGAAAAGAGCGCAAAGCAGAGCCUGAAAGAGACGCAUACUAUGACAGUCGUGCUGCGACCAAGCGAGAAUUCCGAAGGCGAGCGAGUACACUACAGGACUACUAUACUCAACAUCCCACGCUUCUGCCACAACUACCUUUUACCUGGAGACACGGGUGGCGGCGAUGGAAACUGUUCUUGACGAUAUUUACAAUCAUUGUGGACGCCUGUAUCAUUCCCAUUGUCUUAUUCUAUACCAUGAAAUUCGCGGGACACGUUGAGGGUUGGAUAAUUUUCGCAGUCGUGGCCACUAUCUGGGGUGGGCCUACAUACGUCGAGUUCGCCGUCAGGACCUGGCGGUUGUUUAAGAAGGAGAACUUCUUUCGACCUCUGGGGACCUCGAAUCGAUGGGCCUUCGACAUCACCAACUGGAUUUCUGUCCUGACCAUCACCGUCGUGACCGCGCUGCUCAUUGUCGGCAGUGCGCCUCACAUUGUUUGGUUGCGCGUUCUUUCGUUGCCCGCCCCAGCGCUUCUCUUUUGCAUCACAGGUUGUGUAUUCAUCCUUACCAUGUUCAACCUUACGCACACCAAGGCGCCUUUCCGGAUCAGCUCUACCGAGAAGGGCGCCGCUGUGUACCCUGGAGCGUACUACCUGAUCGAGGAUGUCGUCGCGGUUAACGCCAACGCCGGCAGGCCUUUCCGCGAAGCCUUGGCUGCGCGGUAUAGAGCAAGUCCACGGUUUCGGAGGAUGAUCUUGGUCCAGUCUCUGUUCUGGUCCAUUCCGGGACUUUUGAUGUCGAUUGGGUGCAUCGUGGUGGUGUGCAUCCACCCCGUACCCAAAGACGUGGGUUAUGGUAUUGGCUGGGGUGUCCCCUUCGUCUGGGUGGCCAUCUGGGUGGGCAUCACCAUUCCAUGGGUUCGACGAGACAUGCACAAAGAAACCGUGACCUGGGAAGAAGACUGUGGCAUCGAGCCUGGCGACAAGCAUCACGACGAAAAGAAACUCGAGCCCACGGACUCCGACCGCGAGACAACAAAAGAGCAGGCUCCGGAUCCAGAACCAUGA